GCACCUAGUGGUGGUCUCAGGGCGAGGGACGGGGGCCGCGCCGGCCCGGCACCGGGCGGGGAGGUCUGGACAGGGGCGAGCCGGCCCCGAGCAGGUGUCGCCCGAAGAGUGAGCGGAAACGAAGCCGGCGGGGACCGCCGGUUGCUUGGCCCACGGCUUGGCGGUGAGAACCCCACGCCCGGCAGGGGCUGCCAGCUGCUUCAGGGUCAGAAGCACAAAGCCGCGCAGUGCUGGAGAGCCUGUUGGGAUUGAGCCCUGGCGAGCUCCGUGUGCCAAGCUCAGGAAUUCGGGAGAUCCGCGGCGAGGAGCUGAGGAGGUUCUGCUCCCGGGUCAGUCAGCUGCUGCAGAAGGACUUGGGGCCCAACACCGCUGAUGCCCUGCAGAGGCUUUUCCUCAUCAUCUCAGCCACGAAAUACAACAGGAAGCUGGAGAAGACCUGUGUGGACUUGCUGCAGACCACCCUCUACUUGCCCACGUGCCCCGAGCAGCUGCAGCUUCUCUGUGUCGCUGUCCUGAGAGAGAUGUCACCUUCCGACAGCCUGAGCCUGUCCUGUGACCACGUCCAGAACAGCCGGCAGCUGAGCCUGGUGGCCUCCGUGCUCUUGGCCCAGGGUGAUAAGGAGGUGGUCAGAAGUGUGGGCCAGCGCGCAUUCAAGGUCCUUGAGAGCCGGCAGCCCGAGGGGCCCAGCCUGCGGUACCUCCUCCCAGUCGUGUGGAAGGUCGCCAGCCUGGUCCCCGGUGCCCUCAGUGAAGACCACACCAACCUGCUCAGCAAGAGGCUGGUGGACUGGCUCCGCUACGCCAGUGUCCAGCAGGGGGUCACACAUUCCUCUGGAGGCUUCUUCUCCACAUCCAGGACCCGGCAGCCAGGUCCUGUCACCGAGGUUGAUGGGGCAGUGGCCACAGACUUCUUCACGGUGCUGUCCACUGGGCAGCACUUCACAGAGGACCAGUGGAUGAACGUGCAGGCCUUCUCCAUGCUGAGGGCAUGGCUGCUACUCAGCUGCCCUGAGGGUCCCAGCACCCCCGACACAGAUGACAAGUCUGAGCUGGAGGGCUCCACCCUGUCUGUGCUCUCUGCGACCUCUGCUGCCAGCCGCCUGCUACCGCCCCAGGAGCAGCUGAGGGAGAAGGCCUUUGAGUACUGCCAGCGCCUCAUCGAGCAAAGCUGCCGACGAGCCCUGAGGAAGGGUGAUUCCGACCUGCAGAAAGCGUGCCUGGUGGAGGCCGUGCUGGUGCUGGACAUGCUCUGCAGGCAGGACCCCUCCUUCCUGUACCGCACCCUCUCCUGCCUGAAGGCCCUGCACACGUGGCUGUGUGGGGACCUGGCCUGCGUGCAGGCACUGCUGCCCAUUGCCCAGUUCUUCCUGAACCAUGGGGAGGCUGCUGCAGUGGACUCAGAAGCCAUCUACCAGCAUCUGUUUACCAGGAUCCCUUCCGAACUCUUCCAUAGCCCGAUGCUGGCCUUCGAGUUCAUCCAGUUCUGCAGGGACAACCUUCCCCUGUUUGGCAGAAACCGUGGCAUUCUCAAACUGAGCUUCCCCAACCUCUUCAAGUUCCUGGCCUGGAACAGCCCGCCCCUCACCUCCGAGUUCGUGGUGCUGCUUCCAGCGCUGGUGGACGCCGGCACAGCCGUGGAGAUGCUGCAUGCGCUGCUGGACCUGCCAUGCCUGACCGUGGCCUUGGACCUGCAUCUCAGAUCAUCACCGGCUGCAUCUGAGAGGCCGCUCUGGGAUGCCUCCCUCAGGGCCCCCAGCUGCCUGGAGGCCCUCCGGGACCCACAGUUCCAGCCCCUCUUCCAGUACCUGCUACGGGCCACAGCCAGUGGAACCACAGAGCGGCUGGCCCCACUCCACCAGCUGCUACAGCCCAUGGCCAGCUGUGCCCGGGUUGUCCAGUGUGCCCAGGCAGUGCCCACCCUGCUCCAGGCCUUCUUCUCAGCAGUGACCGAGUUUGCAGAUGGGGCCCUAGCCAACCAGCUGGCCCUGCUGCUCCUGGAGAGAAGCGACUCGCUGUACCAGGUCCCACAGUAUGAAGCCCAUGUGCACAGAGUGCUGAGCUCGCAAUUCCUGGCCCUCUGUAAGCUGCACCCCGUCCUGGUGGUCGAGCUGGCCAAAGAGCUGCUGGAGUUCGUGGGAAGCACAAGCAGCCCCCUCAGCACAGGACUUAUGCGCACCUCCGUGGUGUGGGCUAUCGGCGAGUACCUGGCGGUGUCCUGGGACCGGCGGUGUACCGUGGAGCAGAUCAACAGGUUCUUCGAAGUCCUAGAGGCCCUGCUGUUUGAGGUCACCCAGUCCCGCCCCUCAGCUGCCCUUCCCAAGUGUCCACCGCAGGUCGCCACCGUGCUCAUGACCACGCUGACCAAGCUGGCCUCCCGGAGCCAAGACCUGAUCCCCAGGGUGUCUCUGUUCCUGUCAAAGAUGAGGACCCUGGCCCAGAGCCCAGCCACGAGCUCCGUGCGCUGCGAGGAUGCCUCAGGAGCCGUCUGCACACGGGCCACGGAGCUGCUGAACCUGCUGAAGAUGCCCAGUGUGGCCCAGUUCGUGCUCACGCCCAGUGUGGAGGUGUCCCAGCCCCGCUACCACCGUGACACCAACACGGCCUUGCCUCUGGCCCUGCGCACGGUCAGCCGGCUGGUAGAGAGGGAGGCAGGCCUCCUGCCAGGGGAAGGCACAGUGACCAGGUGAGCGCCAGCUGGGGCCGCAGAUCCAGAGCCUAGUUAGCGGCCAAGCCAUGGCGCCCGUGCUCAGGGAAGAAAGCAGGCGCCCCCAUGGGUCUCUGGCCCUCGGUGCUGGUCACACCUGUCACGGUCUCCUCGGGGUGCUCGCCUCUUUCUCCCAAGCCCGUUCUCCCGUGACCGUGCUGGGCUGUGUGGUGAAACAGCUCUGAUUAUAGCUCUCGCCCUUUGUGGCUGGACGUGAGCUGUCUGCUCUGGGUCCUGCUGUUCCUUGUUUUGGGCAGGUUGGGGGCAAGAAGAGACACAGCAACAAUAAAUCUCCUUUUGGAAGUA